AUGGUCUCAUACGGCUCGUCACUCGCCCUGUGGGUGUACCUUGCCGACUGGAUUCUAGCGCUUAUUCUCGGCCUAGCAUUUGUGUUUUGGUUUCCUCGGUUGGUUGGGUUCGUGAUAACUCAGCUUCUACGACUCUUGGUCUGGAGGAGGUACAAGAUCAGGGUAUCGCUAGACGCCUUCCGAAUAUCGCCGCUAGGCGGCAGAAUCACCGCCAGAAACAUCAUCAUAUCCAACAAUGACUACACCGUGUCCAUUCUACGGAUCAACUUGACAUGGAGGUACUGGUUGUUCAGGCCUACCAGGAUCCUGGAGUACUUUUUGCCUCGAGACGGUGAUCUGGCCAACGAACACGAGGGAAUCAGCUCGGACCAGAACACAAAACUUGCCAGCAGUCUUCAGCUUCUUUUGGAGGGUCUUGAAGUGUUCAUGUACAACAGAUCCUGGGCAUACGAGAACAUCGUGGAGAAGCUAGAUAAGGAGAUGCCGGGCGUGAAGGAUACGCUCAACGGCCAGUUCGAACUGACGUCUUCCUCGGCAACCCACGGAUCGCAUAAAGAGUCUACCCACGAGUCCUCCGAGCCUGUCUCUUCUAAUAGCGAGGAAUCAAGCAAAAACGAUACAAACGCUGUGGGCUUCCUACUUCACAUGUUGCCCAUUUCCGUGAGAAUCAAGAAGGGUGCUUAUGUGGUGGGCAAUCCUACUACUCCCACGAUCCUCGUGGCUUCCUUCAAGUCGGCCAUUGGCCUCAUUGACUACCACACCGCUGCAUCGUCGUUCGACAGGUAUAGAACUGUCUACGACCUCAACAUGGAGAAGUUCCAGAUCUCCUUAAAACCUAAUAUCACCUACGACCCUCUGCGCUACUCCUCAGAGGCAUUUGCCAACCGUGGAGGUGUCAAGGCAAGACCAUUUAUUUCGCUUCGGCGCUUCCGCAACGCAUUUAAGAAGUUGCUGCUUCGAAGGCUUCUCAAUAAGCAAGAUGCGGACUUGAAUGAGGAAUGGAGAGGUUUGAGGCGUUACAUUGACGACUUCCAGGAUGAACGCUUAAUGAACCUAGCUACAAUCGAGGAGUACGCCAAAUACAGUGUCAUUCUAGAUUCGGUCUCCACCCAGAUGAUCUACUUUUACGACAUCCCCGGCAUCACCACGCCAGAGUCUCUUCAGAAGAACCCGCCCAAGUUUGGUGUGGACUUGAUAGUCUCCAUGGCCACCUUCCAUUAUGGCCCUUGGGCCGAUAGACAACGUGGCCCAAUUCAUGCAUUACUAUUCCCGGCACUUUGCCGUGAUAGUUCACCUUCUCCAUCGAGGGAGCCUUUUGGUAGCCCUCGUUCAUACGAUGGGUUCGACUUUAAUAUCAUUGUGAAGGAUGAGUUCAUCAUUCGAACACCCACUAGAGAGUUGAGCAAAGACAGAGAAGAGCUUGCCCACGCUGCCACCGAAAAAGGCAAUAAGAUCACCAGGCCCUUCGGCUGGCUUGAACUCAAGCUUGCAAAAACCUCAAGGUUCACAUCCUUUAAUUCUUACAAAGCGACAGAAAAUGGCUGGCCCAACAAAAUGACUUGUUUUUUCUCCAAACCUGAAAUGCGCUCUUCCGUGAACCACGACGUUUUCUUCAUCGCUGAUGAGCACACCAUUGAUUGUGAUUUGAGCUUUCCACUUAAAUGGAACGGCGAUACAGUCUGGACCUUCAACAACUUGAGUAAGAAUGCUCAACUCUUCUUCUUGAGAGAUCAUGCAUUUUUGUUUACAGACUUAUUGUCCGACUUUGCAUCAGGGACUCCUGCUCCCUACGAACAGUUCAGGCCUUUCCAAUACAACUUCAAUUGGAACAUUAAGGACUACAGGUUGCAUUUCAAUGUGAAUGACCACAACAUUAUCAACAGUGCCUUGGACUUCAACAACAACAAAUACAUUUGCUUUCAUGGUGGAAAUCUUGAGAUAAGUUCAGUCAUACCCCUCCUUGGAAAUUUUGCAAAGAGCACAACCAUUGAUUUUAAAAUAUUCACGGACUCGUUGAGCUUAGCUCUUGAGGUGCCUCCUUGGCAUACUGCUAGCUCAUAUCUCAAAGGGAGCAACAAGAUGGGCCAUGCUGAUAAUUUUGAAGUCACCGGCUCUUACACAUUCUAUCGAGGGAUCGAAAUCAACUACAGCAGUUUUGCUGUGAUGAAUGCCAUUGGUGAUAACAUUACUCUACUGUUCUUUGGCUAUUUCAUUAGGUAUCUUUUUACCUUCCGUGAAAAUUACAUGGGUGAUUUUAAGCACUUCAAAACCUUUGAGGAGUAUACCCAUGGUGCCAAUUUGGGUUUUCAGGACGACUCUGAGGCAUCUCUUCGGUCCAUGGCAAGUAAUGAGGGUACGGUGAAGGAGAAAGAAGAGGAGGCAGACCCAUUAUACUGGAAUGAACUCAAGACUGAGAAUGACCUCAAUGUUCAGUUUACCUUCAAAGCACGUAACGGUCUCAUCCUUUUACCAUGCAAUCUUUAUGAUCAUACGAGCAAUAUUGGUCUCACUUUCGACUACCUUGAUGUCGAUAUUCACUUGUGCCAUUUUUACAUGGACUUGCAAGCUGACUUCAGUCCCGUGACAGGGUACUACUUCACAAGAGAUACGCCCGGGAAUUACCAUGGCAUCAUCUAUGACAUCGACGAGUACAAGAGAGUCGGUAAAGAAAAGGGGAGCGAUAUCAUCAUCGAUAAUUUCCAGGUCCACACUCACAGAAUGCUUGGUCUUCUUCCAAGUCUUCUUACUUAUCACUGUAAGUGGGACUUCUCAUGUGCUUCCUUCAUUUUUGACACACAUCCGUCAUGCUUAGCUGGUAUCAAGCUCUUUUUCGGCAAUUUCAUCACCGGAUUCAAGGACCUUGAGAAUACUUUCAUCUACGAAAUUCCCUUGGUUUUUGACAUGGCAAAUUUCACUUUUAGGUGUGACGAGCUUGUAUUGAAGCUAGACACGGGGGUGCCAAAUACUGCUUUGAAAGUUAAGAUCGACGACACGCUCAUUGCAUUCACCGAUAGGGCAAACGAACGUUACAGCUCAAAGAUUUGCGUCUCAAUGCCUAAAAUAACGGUACAGGUGAUAGACUCUGCGGUGGAUGCAAAGUAUCAUUUCUUCCUCGAGACAUCUUUGAUGUUCACAGACAUUUGUCUCAAGGCUUGGCCCAAUGACUUUAGAAGAAGUCAACAAGCAUGGGCUAGACGGAACGAUGCACCAACCCAUAGAAUUCCAUUUUUGGUGGAUGAAGAGACGAAAGACUCAGUGUAUGAUGAUGCUUAUGGAUGUUUCCCAACAAGCGUGAGUCUUCCUGAUGCAUCAGUUCCUCUCACAGACAAUUUCUACUUUGUGAGAGAAAACAGAGGUUACGAGGACGACUUGCCUUCUGUGAACUCAACGGAAGAGUCCUUCUGUGGUUUGGAAACAAAUGAAAAGUUUGACCCUACGUCCAACUAUCAUAGUGAGGACUUCAGGCCGAAUAUGGAGCAGGAACCGGGACACAAGACAGAUGCUUUCAUCCUCGAGCUCGACACUAUAAACGGCUUUUUAAGUCCCCUGGUGGUGAGUGCUUUCUUGGGUUUAGCUCAAGGGUUCCAAAUUGAUGACAUUGAGAUGUUACUAGAUGUUUUGCAGGCCAAGACAGUGAAAGACAUCAAGAUGUUCAUCCUUCCAUUGAGCAUGUGUGAUAAUGUGCGCUUCGUGGCACCUGAAAUCAACAUGAGGAUCACUCAGCAGCCCAUGGUAUCCCCUGAAAAUGUGCUCUGUUCAUCACCUACAGUACCGAUAGUUACUAUCAACAUUCAAGAGCCCUCUGUUGCAUUAACAAAGCUUACAACACGGACGAAAGGGUCUCAGACUGUUCUCGAAGAGGAGCCGAUGGCGCUAGCAUUACAUGUUAAGCAUUUACACUGCUUCAUUCACGAUCCCCAAUAUUUUUCUCCAGCAGCAACUUUUUUGAUUGAAGAUAUUGAAGCGUGGAUGGCUAAAGACUCAAUAGUGGGUCUCACAUCAUCUGUUCAGUUUCAAGAGGUCAAAAUGACGCUAUUUCAGGAUGAUAUCCCUUGGUUAUUUUCAUUUGCUACCGACAUUGCGUCAGAGUUUGAGCAAGCCAUGCAAAGAGUUCCGAAGAAUGAAAAUCCCGCCACUCUCCAGAAACUUAUAUACCUUAUCGGUAACGUUGCAAAGACUAACGGAGUGGAGCACGACCCGACUGUGUUAACCAAACCGUCAAGCAUUCUUCGUUCUUGUGAUGAUCAUGUUAGGUUCUACGAGGGAUGGAAGUUGGUUGCAAAGUUCAGGAGCAUGGUGAAUAGGUUACCGAGUGAGCAGUACGAGUCUUUGACAGCGGAGUUGAAAAAUCCCGACUGGCAAAUCCCAGCUAUGGCAAAGGAAGAAGUUUCAGAUGCUUUCGGGCUUUGGAGAAGCUGGGAACAGGUUGAGGCACAGCGAACAAUCUUCCUCGAUCGUAUCUUUGGAAGCAGGAAGAAAGAACCUGAUUUACCAUCAAAGAUGCAUUUUGAAACCACAUCAUUUGAGCUUGAACUUCUUGAGCCGCAAGGUAAACGAGAUUAUUUCCUGGCUCAAUCAGCAAAAAUAAUCGUCCGCCUACUCACCUCGCCUGAUGGUGAACCUACGAGUGUUUUUUUAAUCGACUUGGACGUGGUUGAUGGUAUACUCUCCACAAUUUGUGUUGAGACUUUGAGCGCAGUGAUGAAGGUGGUGAAGGACAAACCAAAGAAAACCACAACGAAUGUUGAGGGUGAAUCCCAAGAAGUUGACAACUCGAUGGUUCGUGUUUCCACUGCUUGUUCAAAAUCAACGAAGUCUGAGAAGAAGUCACAUCUUUUCCUUUUCACAUCGAUUAAGCUCUGUCAUUUGAAAAUCCAGUUACCUCUGACAUUCGCAGAAUUUAGCACAUACGAUAACUUCAAUGGGCUACAAAAGACAGGGAACAGCUUCUGUCUCGCGUCAAGUGCUAAGGAAUACAGUUUGUGCUUUGGAAGAGAUGACUUGAACCAUCUUGAUUUCACUUUUACGGACUCAAACUUACUGAUAGCCAAUUUUGGAAGCACGACAAGCAAGAUCCAUCAGUUGGAUUUCAAACUAGGCAACUGUGAUAUCAAAGCGCUAGAUUCAGAUGGCGAGUUAAUCAAUACAGCAAGGAUAUUGUUGGAACAAGAUGUUCCCUUCCUUAAGCUGAGAUUGGUGUCGAGUGAAAAGUCUCCUAAAGUUGAAGAAACUCCUGUCAAACCUUUUUCUUUACGUCACGUCCCUGAUUUUCAUGCUAACUUUGAACUCGGUCACAUAACAUUUGAUAUUCAAGUGCUUUGUCCAUUGAUUAUUCAAUUCACUACCUUGAAAAGCAAGACGUCAAUAAGACAUCAAAAUGGCAGUCUAAGCUUCUUGGCCGAGUAUCAGAAGUUUCUUUUUGAUUUGAUGAUGAACGAUUUCCCGCUUUUGAGAAUUGAGGACACGCAUUUGCUGACUUCUCAGAGAAUCACUCAAGUGGGUGACUCCUGGGCCGUUGACAGUGACUUGAAUAUCGGUUUUUUGAAGAUUACGAAUUUGAACAUUCUUAAUUCUCUUCAUGAGGUGUUGAAGAAUUUGGAUAAUAUCAACAAGAGGAUUGUUGAUCUCACGCUGUUAUCACCACCGAAAAAAGAUAGCCAAGGUACGCCAAAGCAAUCACCCAAACCGGAUUCCUUUGACAAAAUUGCACUCAGAGCCUACGUGAAGCAGGAGAACAUGAGUAUCUCCACCUUCAAGGAGCAAUGCAGAUACACUCUCGAAUUGGACGGUUUAUCUUUCUCGGUUUCUAAUAUCCAUAAAGCAGCUUCUGGUUUUGUUUCCAAAUGUCUCAUGUUUGGUGGGGUCUCUUUGCCAGUUAUGCGUGUAAGUGUUUUGGAUCCCUCAAUCCCAGUCGGCUUAUCUACUAUGCUCGAUAUCAAUCUCACAGCGAAAAUCUUGAAUGAUAACCCAGAGGACGCUGCAUCCGAACAUACUCGCUCGCUUCAGAUUGAAUCUGAACAUAGCAGAAUCUGUCUCAGUCCUGCUGUAUUGUUCAAGCUUGUUGAUAUUACUGAUCUGGUAACAAGAGUUUACGGAAGCUAUGACAUUAAUCUAUCUCAAGCACCGACAGAACCUGCAGAACCAGCACAAGAAACUCAAACAUCAGAAACAAAGGAAUCACCCAUCAAGUUUUCAUCCGUGCAUGUCUUGUUUUACAACCUUUGUAUUGGAUGGCUCUUUGGAUCGUCCCAUAAGGACUACCCUGGUAUUAUUUUGGGAGCGGAGAGAAUUUUUGCAGUCACAAAACAUGGUCUUGGUAAGUUGAGUUUGAUGGAAGGAUACCUUUCUGCGGCAAAUGGAAAUACCAGCUCGAGCUUCUACAGUAUUCUGUCUGAACUCAAUAGUUUGAACCGUGCAUUCAUGCCCAAGAUGCAAUUCAACUACUGUAUCAUUGAUGGAAAGUCUCUCUGGGUGGAUCUCAAGGGUGAUGAGCUUGACGUUCGUUUCAUGUCCAAUUCGUUGGUGAUGUUGGAAAGAACAGUCAAGUCGGGAAGUGAAGUUCAAGAAUUCUUUAAAUCUCGCUCGAGAACUAUUCAGCGCAGAAAGUCAUACAAGGAUCAGUUCCCACAAAAAGCGAAAAAGAAGCCAGCCACACCUUUCAAGCCUCCGUUCUCGUCCGUUCAGACCAAUCUUUCCUUUGCUGGUUCCAGAGUCCUUUUCUACAGGCUCCAAGAGGAGAAUAUACAAGACAGUCCUCCAUCUUUAUCCUUACAAUCACCAUCUGUCAAUUUGGCUGUAUACUACAAGCAUUUGAGGCAGAAUGUCAAACGUCAUAUUGUUAAGUUCGAGGUUUUGAUGAAACUGUCAGACAAUACGGUUUACUCCUCUUGUGUUCCAGUGAUCAUGGAUUUCAUUGAGGCAUCCAAACUGAUGCUCAGGAACAGCAAGGAGGACUCGCCUGAAUUAGAAGACUUUGGUGACAAUAUCGACGCUCAACCAUGUGACACCGGCUCCAACAUAGGUAGCAUUUUGCAAGAUGUGGACUUCCACGUGGGAAUCAUUAUCGAGAAACAGAGACUAUCUCUCAGUUGCGAGCCCACUGCAAAAGUUGCAGCAAUUGUUGAAUUCGAAGGUGCUUCUAUUCUGGCGGCCAACAACAUCAAGAAUUCAUCCGCAAUUGAUGCAAUGGCACGUUUGGAUUCCAUGAGUGCUUCUUUACAACAUAUCUAUUCCGACCAACGGAGUGGUUACAUUGGCGUCAAGAGUAUCAUGGUAUCCAACUGCAUCACGUUCGAGGAUACUGUGAAUAUAGCAUCCACUGGGUCUAUUUCUGAUGUCACUGCUUAUGUCAAGAUGAAGCAAUACCAUGAUGUCGAUUUAUUCCGAGACAUUUGGUACCCUAGAAGAUAUCAAAAUGUCAGAAGGCAACUGUCUCCUAAGUUGAACCCCAAGAGAUCUCAGAGCAAGAUGAAAGAGGUGUCUUCUACCUAUGCCAUUCCACUAUCACUCACAUUUAUCUUAUCCAAUCUUGCGUUGGAGGUCGACUUCGGUGUGGCUUUGGGAGUGAUGAUGCUUGAUGUGAACCUGGGUUGGAUUGUGUCUCGGAAGACUUCAGAUUGGUUCUAUGACAUGAACUUUGGUUUGCAAGAGUUGCGAGUCGGCUCUCGUGGUCGCUUGGGUGGUUACGUGCUUUUGGAGAAAUUCAACGCACACUCCAGUAUUGAAUGGAAGUCGAAAGCUCUUCCUUUGCUCGAUGUGCCGUUGAUCAAAUUUUCUGGUGGGUUUGAAAACCUCACACUCAAACUUGCCUUUGACGAACAUCUCUUCGCUGUGGGUAAUUUGGAGAAAUGGCGUAUUGAGGUGUACAACAGAAAGAAUGGCGAGAACAUUCUGAAGGACCACCUUUAUGUCGUAAUUCAGUACCACACCACUGAGGUAUUCCUCACCUCUCUUGCUGCGUCCGACUUGCACGACAUCUUCAGUACCAUGUCUAGAAUGAUGGAUGAGAAGAGAACCUCCUACAGAGAAAUUUUGAACGACUCCAACAAGGAGAACUUGCGGCGUCAAAAUGAUAUUCCUAUGAAUAAGCUUUUGGAGGUUGUUAAGAAGCUUGAGACUAACAUUGAGGUCAGGACAGGUAGUACCGCUAUUCAAGUCUAUCCACAGACAUUCGACGACAGCCGUGUGCUAUACAUCAAGCUCGACAAGUCUACUGCAAGCUUCUUCCAGAACGAGUAUUCAUUGGGUGUAUCCAACGAAAUUGAACUCAAGUUCAAUAACUUGACGACCUCGCUCUCGACAUCUGCCGGUAUCACGAAGGAGAAGGUUGAAGCAUUCACGGUUCCUGAAUUUGCCAGCUACGCAAGAAAGGCCAAAGGAGGCACGAUUUUCCUUUCGCCGAAGUUCAUGAUUUCGAUGAGAACUUUCCAACCAUACAACAGCAAUGUCAUUGAGUACCUUUUCCAGUCUUCGUUUGGAGGUACCGUUGAUGUCAGGUGGAAUCUUGGUUCGGUCAACUGCGUUCGUGAAAUGUACGCUGCCCACAGAAGAGCAUUUGCAUCUCGUACAGAGUAUUCCACGAGCAAGGUAGGAGCGUUGAGAGACACGAAGGAUAUUGAAAAGACAGUCCUAGGAGCUGAUGUUCCUGACGAUGAUGAGGUGGUUGGCGAUGAUUAUGACGCUGAGGAUGCUCGUAAGGAUUUCGAUAGAGAUAUCAAUGAAACAUUUGAAAAGGUUGCCAAAGAUUCGAAAUUCACCUACGUUCCGCUUGCCCCACCUAUUAUUGAAGCCCCAAGGCUUAAGGAGCUUGGAAAUGCCACUCCACCUCUUGAAUGGUUUGGUUUACACAGGGACAAGUUCCCUGACGCUACACAUCAGUUGGCUAUCGUCACACUCCAGAAGCUCAUUCACGAGAUCGACGAUCACUACUCAAAGGCGCUUGGGACAGCGUAG